AUGAGAUAUCUGGGUCCCGUCCUUGACAACAAAUGGACGUUUGUGCCGCACUUCCUGCGGCUAGUCUCUCGAGUGCGCGUGGUUUCUGCCAGCCUUGGCAGGCUCAUGCCCAAUCUCGGGGGACCCGGAAGAGGAGCUCGCCACCUCUAUCUUGGGGUGGUCCGGUCGGUCGCGCUGUAUGACGCCCCCGUGUGGUACCCCGAUAUGGCGGCCAGUCGUCGCUUUAGGACGCUCUUACAGAGCGCCCAGUGGGGGCUGGUCGUCUGGGCCGCACGGGGAUACCAGACCAUUGCCACUGUAGCGGCAAUGCUGGUGACUGGAGCACUCCCGUGGGUGCUCGAGGCGCGCGUGUACGCAGAUGCGUACGCAGAAAGUUGCGCGCGCCGUCGGGACCCCGUGGCGGCACCCUGGACACUGAAAGAGCAGGAAGUGCGGCGCCUCAACGCGAGGCGACGUGCUGUCAAGGAUUGGGGCAAGAGUCUGUCCCUAGAUGGGCCGAGCUCUCGUGCCGUCGGCACCAUCGGACCCGUUUUGAAGGAAUGGGUGGGUCGGCGGUGCUUCGGAUUCCUUACGUUUAGAGCUGGUGCAAGUGCUCACCGGGCAUGGUUGCUUUGGUGA